AUGGCGUGCUGUAGAGGUUUACGCAGCGGUGCCAGGAGCUUCACUGCGCUGCUCAGCCUUCUGCUCGCAGGGAUGCAACUAACCACAGCCUUCCCCUCCUGGAGGUUACAGGAAGAAGCUCACACCGCUGUGCUGCUCAUCGGGAUCCGCAAAGAGGCCCGCUCCCAGGUGCUUUACCUCUCCAGGAACAAGCGCUACACUCUGACCCCGGAGCUGCUGAAAUGGGACAAGUUCAACUUGACAUACAAGGUGCUCUCUUUCCCGACAAACUUGAUAAACGCCAGCGACACGCACCGAGGCAUUGCCAAGGCUUUUAGCAUGUGGAGCGACGUCUCACCGUUCACAUUCAAAAGGGUGCCGGCUGACCAAGAGGCAGACAUUAAGAUUGGCUUCUACCCUAUCGUCCACACAGACUGUCUGCAGUCCUACUUGCACCCUUGUUUUGACGGCAACACAGGCGAACUGGCCCAUGCAUACUUACCGCCAACAGGCGAGAUCCACUUUGACGACCACGAAUAUUGGAUUCUGGGAAACAUGCGCUACAGCUGGAAGAAAGGGUUUUGGCUGACAGAUCUUGUCCACGUAGCAACUCAUGAAAUAGGUCACGUUCUUGGACUCAUGCAUUCCAUGAACCCAAAAGCUAUCAUGCACUUGAAUGCAACACGGACAGGGCGCAAGCUGAUCACACAGGAUGAGGUGUGGGGUUUGCACCGUCUCUACGGAUGUUUGGACCGCUUUUUUAUAUGUCCUGGCUGGGCUCGGAAAGGCUAUUGCGACAGCAGGCGCAAGCUGAUGCAGAAGCACUGCCCCUCCAGCUGUGAUUUCUGUUAUGAAUUCCCAUUCCCAACGGUGGCGCCAACUUUAAUUCCAUUAAGGACCAAACACAAGCUGGUUAUCGAAGGGAAGAAGCUGACUUUUAGCUGUGGGAAGAAAAUCGCAUCAAAGAGAGGCAAAGUGCAGUGGUAUAAAGACGGGGAGCUGCUGGAGAACUUUCACCCAAACUACAUCUCCUUGAAGGAUGACCGGAUCACCAUAGUGGCAAACGCCAUCAACGAAGGCACGUACACGUGCAUCAUGAAGAGAAGGGACAAAGUUCUUACAAAGUACUCGUGGAGAGUGCGUGUGCGCUUCUGAAGGCCUCUGC